GUGCGGAUCACUGGACCUGUCUUAUGGAAUAAUUUUGGUUCAAAAUCUUGGAUUUUUGUGAAUAUUUUCAUACAAAGUAAGGUUGAAGUACAGGAGAGGGAAGGAAUUGUUAUUUUWAAAGAAUCACUGGAAUCCACGUAUUUGUACGUGAAAAAGAAACAAUGGCCAGGCUUGAAAGGACUGGUCUGGCGUUGGUUUGCUGGCUUCUGUGUUUGAUGAUCGCCGUUGGUGAUAAACCCGAGGACGCACCUAAACCUUGCUACGAGGCGUUAGGAGUUCAGACUGGUGGUCUAGACGAUGAGGAUAUUUCUGCAUCAAGUAAGCUUGAUAACUUCACUGCAACAGACUCAUGGUGUCCUCCAGAAAACGACGAAAAUCAAUACUUGCAAGUUGAUUUGGGRGAAAAAACUAAGCUAACGCGAAUAGCGACACAAGGGGAUUUAACCCACCCUGAUAAACUCGUCAAGAGYUUUGCAGUAUUACAUAGUAUGGAUGGGAAGAAAUUUCAGACUUAUAAAGAGAAUGGAACUGAAGCGAUAUUCGAUGGAAAUGUCGACUCUUUCACAGUUCACCAUAAUAACCUCAAGACGCCAUUUGUAGCUCGCUAUGUCAGAAUAAAUCCAAGAUCAUGGGAGAAGGGKAUAUGUUUAAGAGUGGAGCUUUAUGGAUGCGAUCCAUAGAGUAAUUGUAAAUAUGAGAUUGUGAAAAGCGYGUUUCCAUCUGUCAGUCAGAAUCACUUUAGAGGCUGGGAUAUUGCUGCACAUGGAAACUACACCUCACUUACAAUUUAUYAUAAUCAUGAGCACAAUCAGCCUUGGACACAAUGAAAGGACAAUGUAGAAAGAAGAAGGCAUUGUGGUUCUUGUAAAUACAGUGUUCGUCAAAAACAAUGACAAAUAUCUAGUACAGAUGUACACUAUAACAAGCAGUAAAAGUUCAAAAUGUUUGCAGAACUUACUUAUAGCUUAUAAUUUACAGAUUAUGAAUAUCAUUUCAGGUGAUAUUUGUGCAUGCACAGAAUAUUGUGUGAAUAAAURCAUGUUAGCUUCAGAUAAAUUCAAAAACAAAAAAAAAAAACAAAGGCACUUCACUUCACUUGAGUCUUUUGAUAAAGAUAGUCUUAUAAUUUGAUAGUUUUUUCAUGCUUUUGUUUUAAAAGCUUGUACUAUGUACAGAAAAGGGYAAUGGUUAUCAGGUUUUAUAGAAUACAAACAUGUAUUAUAUAUCAAUAAAGUAGUUUGUAAAUAU